GUUAUAGCGCUGGAUGGAUCCAUGGAGACCCUUUCACUCACUCGUACGCACUUAUCUUAGGUUGUCUCCAUCUCGUUCUGAUUCUGGAAUUUAUUUAUCGAUCUGCUCGUCUUGGAUUCCUUCUUUAGUCCACUUUCUCCGUCUUUUCUUCCCCUUCUUAUAUCUAUAUCUAUCUUCCGUUGUCGUGCCUGUUCUUUCUUUCUUUCUGUACUCAACGUUCUCUCUUUCUCUCUACCUAUCCUUCGUUAUCACUCCACUAUAAUACCAUACAAUAAUCAUUACUCCAUAUCAUCAUGUCGUUGAUUCACUCGGAUAACUUGGCUCCUCAGCCUAUGACCGAUGUCUUUACCAGUGAUACUUGUAUCGACAAGCGAAAGUGCCACCGUACAGUGCCUAUGAAGGUGCUUGCUCUGGGUGUGGGAAGAACGGGAACUGCCUCCCUUCGUAUUGCUCUUGAACGAUUGGGAUACCUGAGAUGCUACCACAUGAUGGUUGCCAGUGUUGAGAACCCUCCGGACUGCCUCAUGUGGCACGAUGCUUUGAAGGCCAAAUACGACGGUGUGGGAGAGUUUGGCCGUAAGGAAUGGGACCAGCUGUUGGGUGACUGCCAGGCUGUUUGCGACUGGCCCGCUUGUGCUUUUGCUAAGGAGCUGAUCGAGGCAUACCCCAACGCCAAGGUUAUCCUGUCUACUCGUGAUGUCGACUCGUGGCACGCAUCCGUGAUGAAGACCGUCUUCUGGCGAGUCUCGGACCCCGAGCACAGCUUCGUUUCCAACUUCAGCUGGGCUGCCGGCAUGUACUACCCCAUGUUGAAGAAGUUCUUCGACACCUUCUUCCGCGGCGACUUCCCCAACAAGGGCAAGCAGGUCUACCUCGACCACGUUGAGGAGGUCCGCAGCCUGGUGCCUCCUGAGAGACUGCUCGAAUACCAGAUCGGUGACGGCUGGGGCCCGCUGUGCGAGUUCCUGGACGAGGAGGUCCCCGACACUCCUUUCCCUCGUGGAAAUGACAUGGCCGACUUUUUCAAGCGCUGCAGCACUCGCAACAAGCACCAGAUGAUGAAUGCUGCCCUGCAAGCCUUUACCAUGGGAGGAGCUCUCCUGGCUACCGGAUUUGCCGCAACCAUGGUCUUCAAGCGCUUCGUCCGCUAAGGCAUAUGACCCAGGCACGAUUCUUCAGGGCGCUGGCGCGACUGAAGAUUCCUCUUCUUCUUUCUUACUAUUUUUUUUUUUUUUCUUUAAUUGAUUCCCAGCAUGCAGAGCCAAGGCCUGUAUAAUUUUUCUUUCGUGUUUAUGGUUGGCUAUUAUUCAUAUUUGCUGGAUUUCCUGAAUGUCGGUUCCAUUCUUGGCAGCAACAAAAAAUAUCUCUGGCUGUUGGUUGGUUUGAAGUUUGUGGAGCACAGUUUUUAUUACUAUUUCUUGGGAAAUAUUGGGUCUUGUUAUUUUACAGACUGUAUAACAUCCGAAAGCGCCCAGGCGCAAAUGAGGAAUGAAAUGAACAUACAUGAAUCAGAUGCAGAUAUAGAUCAUAUUUUUCCG